ACACCAAACAGCUGCUCAAGACGAUUUGCAAUGAAGUUUACUCUUUCUUAAGUAAAAGAAUAUCCAACGAAACUAUUUCUGAAACGGAAAUGAGCUACAUUACUGAUUUAAAAGAGCACCCUGUUGUUUUCUGCCAAAAUGUUUUUGUGAAACCAAAACAAACGGCACUCAGCAUUUUAACUGAUUGCGAACCUCAUCUAUUUGGAUUGCGGACCCAUCAUCUUGGAUUAAAAUGCGAGCAUCUGUUGUGUGUUCUUGAUAUCAAAAGCAAAUUUACCACAGAUGAUAUUUUAAAUGUCAUGUUGGAAAAGCAAACUUGUAAAGAAGAAGUGCAGCUGACAGAAGAUGAAUUGGAGCUAUACACCAAACUCAUCAAAGUCCUAGUUAAGUGUAUGGAACGUGAAGAAAUUGAUUAUCGUGGAUUAUGUACAAGCACAGAUAAUGCGGGUGUUUCAACACAAUUGUGUAUUCCAGAUGAGAAAGGUAUCCUGACACCAAUGAAUAAGUUGUGCUUGAAUGACAAUGAGAAAAUUAAAACAACUGGGACAAUGAAAUUUGUAAACGGAAAAAUUGGUCCAGAUUUCGCCCGCAAACUUGGUGUAAAGGCCAAGAUAAAACAACACUUCUCGGACAAUACUAAAAAAUUACCUUUCGGACAAAAUGAAAAAUUGACUACAAGAAUAAAAGAAAUUUUAAGAGGCUACCCAUGUGAUGAAGGAAUCAUGAAGGAACUUCUGCAGAAUGCUGAUGACGCACAAGCAACAGAGCUUCAAUUCAUCAUAGAUGAUAACACCUACUCUACGGAAAGAGUAUUUGAUGAUGAAUGGAAAGCAUUACAAGGCCCUGCUCUUCUUGUUUAUAAUGAUAGCAUGUUUAGUGCCAAGGAUAUUCAAGGAAUCCAGGACCUGGGUAUAGGCAGCAAAGCGGACGACCCAACAAAAACUGGCCAGUACGGUGUAGGGUUCAAUGCCGUGUACCAUCUAACGGAUACACCCUCAUUUCUCACAAAGGGCCCCAAUGUUGAAGGAAGGGAAACAAUGU